CGGACUGGGUCGCGGCUGGCAGAGGAGGGAAGGAAGGCAGGAAGGCGGCCAGAGAGGGCGAGGGGAGCGGAAGGGGAAGGAAGCUGCGCGAGCGUCGGAGCGGAGCCGCGCGCCUUGGACCUUUAACUGAACUGUGCUGAGGAACUGGAGGAAAAGCACCAUAAUGCAGCUUACCUUUCACCUGGAGAGGUGAAUAUAACUUUACAAAGAGAUGGCUGACAAAAGUGGGAAAAUUCUUUCUGGGCCAUUAUACAUUGAAGUUGAAUAUGACUAUGAAUAUGAAGCAAAGGACAAAAGGAUUGUGAUAAAACAAGGGGAGAGAUACAUCCUGUUGAAAAAGACAAAUGAUGACUGGUGGCAAGUCAAAAAGGAUGAGAAUUCCAAGCCUUUUUAUGUUCCAGCACAGUAUGUGAGAGAAGUGACUCGCAAAGCACUCAUGCCACCUGUUAAGCAAUUGGGUGGACUGCCAAACAGCUCUCUCAAAAUUAUGCACGGCUUACAGAGAUCUACAGAAAAUGUGAAUAAAUCUCCAGAGCUUUCUAGUUUUGGGAAAUCAUCUGCAAUUCAAGUGUCCGGCCUAGUUCGGGACGCCAAUCAGAAUCUUGGACCAAACAGUAGCCCAGGUCACACUUUUGGACAGAGCUUGGACCUUGCACAAAACAAUGGAAAACUAAAUGAAUUUCACUUCCCGAAAGUUACCACUCAGAACAGAGCCUUCUCUGUGUCCUAUUUUCCUUGUUCGGAAUGUGUGGAAAUAGAAAAGACCAGCUUUCUGCAAGACCAGGCAAGUGAUUCAGCAGGAGAAGGGUCAGAAAAAAUCCACCAGGAUUCAGAAUCUGGGGAUGAGCUCAGCAGCAGUUCGACAGAACAAGUGCAGCCAACUACUCCACCGAGCCAAGGAAGGCCCGACUCACCAGUUUAUGCUAACUUGCAAGAACUGAAAAUAUCUCAGUCUUCCCUCCCACCUUUACCUGCCACCCUCCCGCUUCAAAUUAAUGGAGAGUGGGAAACGCACAAAGAUGCUACUGGACGCUGUUACUAUUACAAUAAAGGAACACAAGAAAGAACCUGGAAACCGCCACGCUUGACUAGGGAUCCAAGCAUAAAUCGAGGAGACUCUCUGAAUCAGAUUGAUCAAGAGAAUCUAUCAUCACAAGAAAACUCCAACAGUUCUUUUAACAGCCAGUCAGAUAGUCAGUAUGGUUCUCCUCCCAAAGGGUGGUCAGAAGAGUUGGAUGAACAUGGCCAAAUGCUAUAUACCAGUGACUAUACUAAUGAAAAGUGGAUAAAACAUGCAGAUGAACAAGGUCGACCAUAUUAUUAUAAUGCAGAUGGAUCACGAUCAGAGUGGGCGCUGCCAAAAUAUAAUGCUUCACCGCAGCAGCAAAGGGAGAUCAUUAAAAGCAGGAGCCUAGACCGGCGGCUACAGGAACCAAUUGUGUUAACCAAGUGGAGGCACAGUUCAAUUAUGUUAGAUACCAAUGACAAGGACCCUUCAUCUCCGGUUGCUUCGAAGAUCACUUAUCCUGACAGCGAGUCAUCCUCUCCUUCCUCACCAAAGCAUCAAGGCCAAGAGAAAUAUGGAUUAUUAAAUGUCACAAAAAUAACAGAAAAUGGGAAAAAAGUUCGAAAAAAUUGGAUGUCGUCCUGGGCUGUACUGCAGGGCUCAUCGCUAUUGUUUACCAAGACUCAGGGAGGAGGAACCAGCUGGAAGUUUGGAAAUCAAUCUAAACCAGAAUUCACAGUUGAUCUCAGGGGUGCAUCUGUUGAUUGGGCUUCAAAGGAGAAAUCAAGCAAGAAGAACGUGAUUGAGCUGAAAACACGACAAGGAGUGGAAUUGUUAAUUCAAUCUGAUAAUGACAUUUCUAUUAGUGAAUGGCUCAAAGUUCUUAAUCAGACUAUCAGCAACCAGAUAAUGGAGUUUGAUGAAGCAUUAGAUGACGAAAUGCCAGACUCUCCGGGGGUGGAAAAACAAGACAAAGAAAAGGAUCAUAAAGACUCCAAAAAGCUUCGCUCAAUAAAAUUAUCCAGCAGCAUUGAUUCUUCAGAGCAAAAGAAAACUAAAACGAAACUGAAGAAAUUUUUGACCCGCAGACCCACGUUGCAAGCUGUCCGCGAGAAAGGCUACAUCAAAGAUCAAGUGUUUGGUUGCAAUUUAGCCAACUUGUGUCAAAGAGAAAACAGUACUGUGCCAAAAUUUGUGAAGUUGUGUAUUGAGCAUGUUGAAGAACAUGGAUUGGAUGUCGAUGGGUUGUACAGAGUUAGCGGCAAUCUUGCAGUGAUACAGAAGCUAAGAUUUGCAGUUAAUCACGAUGAAAAACUGGACUUGAAUGACAGUAAAUGGGAAGAUAUCCAUGUCAUCACAGGAGCUCUGAAGAUGUUUUUUAGAGAACUACCAGAACCACUGUUCACUUUCAAUCAUUUCAAUGAUUUUGUCAAUGCAAUCAAACAAGAACCCAGACAGCGAGUUCCUGCUGUUCGAGAUCUGAUUAAGCAGUUGCCAAAACCAAAUCAAGAUACCAUGCAGGUGCUCUUCAGGCACCUCAAAAGAAUUGUGGAAAAUGGAGAGAAGAACCGAAUGACCUAUCAAAGCAUAGCCAUAGUCUUUGGUCCGACUCUGUUAAAGCCAGAAAAAGAGACUGGCAAUAUAGCGGUUCACACUGUGUAUCAGAACCAGAUUGUAGAGUUGAUCCUCCUGGAACUGAACUCAGUCUUUGGACGCUGAAUUUCUCCAAAUGAAGCCAGCUUUAACGGGAGAACGCCUGGGCGCCAGCAGAGACUGCAUCUCUUUUUGUACACGACCUCUUGUGUUUGCGGACCAAGCAGCAACUCAAUGUCUUUGCACUUUUGUGGGGCAGGGAAGUGUGUGUGACUUGUUUUGGCUGGGGUUUUGUGGAAGCUGUUGAAAAUUCGUGACCACUCACUCAAUGUUGUGAAAAUUUCAAGGUUUGCACACUUGAAAUGGCAGUUCUGCUAUAGAUGUACACACUGGAUUCCACGGUGAGAGAAGCGAAGCCCGAAACUCCGUCUGGAUAAUCUGGAAUUGCUUUUUCAUGUUGCUUUUUACUCUUAGGCCUACCCUGGCGUGGGGACAAGAAGCCCCACCCACUGACUUUGAAAAACUCCAUGGGCAUUUUAAGUGAAUCAUUGCAUUGUAUGCUUCCAUGUGACUCUUAAGACCAUUCCUGAUGCUGAUGCUGUCUACAGAGUUUCUGCAAUCGUUGAUAGGCUUUAACAAACAAAUGCUACCCGAGGCCAGUGUAAUUCCUUGCUUGAGGGCUUGUUUGUUUUUGGUACUCUUUAACACUGCUGUACAGAUUCCUCACCUGUUCACUUGGAUGCCUCACUAGUAUUAUUUCAAACUCUGAGCUGGUACUUCUGUCCAGCAGAGGAUGUAUCAUGGCCUGCAAUGAACUAGAGCUUUCAGUUAUUAGUGUUCACUUUUUUCAGGGUAUUACUUGGGCUGCACUUGGAAAACUUAAUGACAUCUAACAAUCCUUAUGAAAGAUUGAUUUUAAUGCUGUACUGAAUUCUUGGUCUGAACCUGUGGUAGUGAAAUUAGAUGUAAAUGUUAGUCUGAAGCCUGAACAGCUCUUGGUUUUUUCCACCUGUAUACAUUGUUGUAUAGUCUCAGAAUACCAUCUAGUCACACAUUUCUAAUCAAGGGUGGAUUUGUAACACGUAUUAUCACAUCCCCCAAUGGAUGUCUGGAUUUUCUCAGAGAAACCGGCUAAAAUGCUGUGCACUUUUAGAUGCCAAUUACAUCUGCUUGCAAAUAAAUGUAAUGCAAAUGGUACUGGGAAAAUACUGAGCGUGCUUGCUGAAAUGGUUAAUGCACUACAACCGUGAGCCAGUGAUAUUUAAUACGUACAGGAGAUACAUUAGAAAAAUGUAUUACAAAUUCUAACAACUAUAAAUAGCAGAAGCCUUCGUUUGAAUAGAAUGGAUGUCUGGGAAAUAAUGAAAAUGCUAAAUUUCAGGAUUCCUUUUUACAUAAAUAAUGUAGAUUGAUUUGUAAAAUAGGUUGCAGAAGAUUUUGUUACAGGAGCUGUGGUCUGCAGAAGAUUUUUUUUUAAUGUAUUUUUCUAGACUAACUGCUGUACCUGAUAUUUGCUAUGUUGAAUCUGAAUAAAGAGACCUGUUAGCUGUUUUGGAA